UCUGAAAUAUUUCAUGAAAAACCUGCCAUUGUUUCUGGAUAACAUUCUUUUUUCUUCUUCAAGAGAGAGACUGUUAUCUUCUUGAUUAUUCUCUCUUUUUGGGAAUUCGUUGAAGGUUUUUUGAUUUAAGAUAUCAGCUGGUUUAAUUUCUCAUUCUACAAUCUCCAUGAUGAAGAAAGUUUGUUGGCCUUACUUUGAUCCUGAUUUUGAGAAUUUCCCAGAGAGGAUAUAUGGCCCCACAUGCAGAGUGUGUAUUGAUAAUGAAAGCAUGGAAGAUUACACAUUAGUGAUGGUGGAUAGCGUAAACAAGCAAGGCCUCCUCCUGGAAGUGGUGCAAGUCUUAACAGAUUUGAACCUUAUCAUCUCAAAGAGUUACAUUUCCUCGGAUGCUGGAUGGUUCAUGGAUGUUUUUCAUGUUAAAGAUGAACAUGGCAAAAAACUCACAGACCAGAAAGUUAUUGACUAUAUUCGCCAGGCCUUAAAUACAACGAGGGAGACACCAAGCCCUGCCAAAGCAAAAGCAUACGUCAACGAUUUUUUUGACGACCAUAUAAACGAGCAUACCGCCAUUGAAUUAAGCGGAACCGAUCGGCCUGGACUCUUCUCUGAGAUAUCAGCAGCUCUAGUGGACCUUCACUGCAACAUUGUGGAAGCUCAUGCAUGGAGCCAUAAUGCUCGACUUGCUUGCGUCGCAUAUAUUUCCGAUCAAUCUACUCACACCCCAAUAGAGGACCCUCUACGUCUGGCCAACAUAGAGGACCAUCUCACUACGGUGAUCCGUUCCACCGGCCCCCAGUUGCCCAACAACCAAGAAGUGAAGACAGGUGGUGGAUUUGUUGGAGGGGAAGGCACGGCCGUGACUAAUGUAGAAAGGAGACUACACCAACUCUUGCUUUCAGUCAGGGACUUUGAUGAGCCCACCGGAUCACCGACAAUGAGAUCAGAAUCAGGGUCAGUAUCAGACAGUGAAGAAGGAGAAAGGAAGACGGUGGUUUUGAUCGAGAACUGCGACGAGAAGGGUUAUUCAAUUGUGAGCAUAGAAUGCAAAGAUAGACCAAGGCUCAUGUUUGAUACAGUGUGUACGCUUACUGAUAUGCAGUACGUGAUUUUCCAUGCAUCCAUAGGCUCCGGCGACGAUGGUUAUGCAUUUCAGGAAUAUUUUAUCCGACAUGUCGAUGGAUAUGCCUUGAAUACAGAAAGCGAGAAGGAAAGGAUAAUAAAAUGCUUAGAAGCAGCUAUAGAACGCAGGGUUUGUGAGGGAGUGAAGUUACAGUUACGUGCAGAGAAUAGAGUGGGACUGUUGUCUGAUAUAACCCGGAUUCUACGAGAGAAUGGUCUAACAGUUGUUAGAGCAGACAUAGCAACACAAGGAGAGAAAGCAGUGAAUGCUUUUUAUGUGAAAGACAUUUCAGGAAAUGAAGUAGAUUUGGAUUUUGUUGAGUGUAUGAAGAAAGAAAUGGGUCCAAUAGAUCUUGAAGUGAAGAAUGAUUAUAUGAUGAGACCAAGCUCAAGAGAAAGGGCCCAUUUGUCUAUUGGGGGUAUGCUUAAAUCUCAUCUUGAACGCAUUUCUCAAAAUUUUAUUCCAAUCAAGUGAUGAUUUCUCUCUAGAUUUAUAGUUUCCAUGCAAUUGGAUUUGUACAAAAAUAAAACUGUAUAUAGGUUGCUUUGAUGUUUAGGUUGUAAAUAAUUCCUUACAAUUGUAAAGGGAGCUGUCAUUUUCUUUGCAAGAGGUUGAGGUUGU